AUGGGUGGAUCUCAAUAUUACCAAGAUACGGUGUCCUCCAUCAAAGCUUAUCAGCGCCGAGCCGAAGCGAAAAAAAAUUGGACAGAACCGACCGAUAUCCCGAAUACAGUGAUCUCCUUCGCCGAGGAGGAAACGGCAGGAAUCGAUAGACCACACAACGAUCCACUGGUGAUCAAACUGAUGAUCAGGGAUCACGAUGUAGCGAGGGUGCUCAUCGAUACUGGGAGCUCGGUAGACGUCAUUUUGAGGGAGACACUCAGAAGGAUGGGAAUCGAUCUCUCCGAGGUGACGACGAUCCCCAAACCUCUAACCGGAUUUUCAGGAGAAACAACGAUGACUAUGGGAACAAUUAGGCUCCCUGUGGUAGUUGGCGGAGUCACUAGGAUCGUCGAAUUCUGCAUCACCGAUCACCCAGCAAUCUACAAUGCGAUUAUGGGAACUCCAUGGAUCAACGCGAUGAGGGCGAUCGCGGAGAGCCACGAAACGCGCACCGAGCCGGUAUGUGAUGCAGUGGACUCGGUGUGCAUAGACGAAGCGUGUCCAGAACGAUGCGUCGAAAUCGGAGCCAAACUAGAAGAACCUCUGAGAAGCAAACUUCUUUCCCUCCUCAAAGAGAACAUCAACACUUUUGCAUGGACAGCGGAAGAUAUGUCGGGCAUAAACAUCGAUGUGACCUGUCACGAGCUGAACAUGGACCCAUCCUUCAAACCAAUCAAGCAAAAAAGAAGGAAGCUCGGACCCGAACGAGCUAAAGCAGUUAACGACGAAGUGGAGAGAUUGCUCAAAGUAGGAUCAAUUGCCGAGGCCAAAUAUCCAGACUGGCUUGCGAAUCCAGUGGUUGUGAAGAAGAAGAACGGCAAGUGGCGGGUCUGUGUAGAUUUCACUGACCUCAACAAGGCGUGCCCAAAAGACAGUCCCUCUACCGCACAUCGACCGGCUCGUCGAAGCCACUGCGGGAAAUAG